AUGUCCCGAGGACCCGAGUCGACCGUAAUGGAACUCCAGCCGUUGGAAAAGAAGGGUCCGAAGGCGUCGCGGCCUUCCACGUUGGAUCCCAUCCCUCAGACCCCCAACACGUCCGCGGAAUCCGUCAAGGUGCAAAGCGGUGAGUCGGGAGUGCCCGAGGUGAUGGUGUCUUCGGGUGGGGUUCUCUCGACCGCGUCCGCCACGGCCUCCACGUCCAGAAUCACCGGAAAGCGGGCUUUCUUCAAAAGGAGCAAGACUUCUCACACGUUACUCGGAGGGAAAGGGGGAACCAGUACGCUGUUUAGUGUCCAAGAACCGCGGAUCUUCGCCGGACGGUUCCUGACCGGUAAACUCCUCUCUCCCCAAAAAUCUAAAUCCGUCGCAACGGAAAGCGGUGCCAAAGGAAAAGGCGAAAGUGUGCGUUCGCCGCCUGCCCAUGUCGCUUCGUCGUCGGGAUCGUCGGGUAGUAUGCGAUAUCUGGUUCAACGCCGAUCGUCCUAUCAGGUGGAAUUGGACCUGGAACCCAGUGCCGUGUCUUCCUUCAUCGCCCCGUUAAAGUUGCCUCAACCGAUCCAGGCACCUCAGAUUCCAAAACGACGGUGCUCGUUGACUUUACCUUACCCGUGUCUGUAUGGUUCGUGGCAGUUCGCCGGCCGGCAGAGUAACUCGGGUGAAAUCCCGUCCAAUUCGAGUCAGGGGAAAUCCCAGGUCUCACUUGCGGAAUCCGUCUCUACUCACUCGGACACCGGAAUGAUCGGCGUUACUCGGACCCAUUCGGGAAAGAAAAACUCUACUUCCGGUCCAGGGAAUAAUAACGGAUCGUCUCCGAUCACGGCUCUUCCCCUCUCACCCGGCUCCUUUGGGAAUUCCCAUCGAGGGCAUCGCGAAAUAACGUUAGUGGCUCAAAAUUUUCAGCGAAUCCCGAUGAAGGAUUUUGCGGCGGAGGUCCGUGCUUCUCGGGAUGUGACCAAGUUCUUAAACCAGGCCGUGUUGUUCAUGGAUGUGAACGAGAACAACAUGGACAGCAUCGUGGACCUCAUGCUUUGCAAGAUUCUUGAUGCAGACGAACCCACGGUCUCCAUCGAAGAAGCCAAGAGCGUCCUCUUCACCCACGACUCAGGUUUGCCCUCUUCGUCUCAUUUUGCAUUUUUAGCACUCUACUCAUCUGCGAGUAAAGCCCAGAAAAUAUGCUGGCUCAAGUUUUUUUUUUAG